CCGCGGGAUGGAUGCACGCGAGCAGCCGGCGUUCGGCGUGCCCCAGAUCUGCCGCUGAAGGAGGCGGCCCGCUCCGGCACCGCUGCGCCAGGAGGGAGGAGCUGGGGCGGGGGACAGUGGGCAGCGGAGAGCCGGCGGCCGUGCGGGUGGGGACAGAACAGGAAAAGACUGCGGAGCCGGUACCCACUGACGGAUGUGGCCGCCGCCACCUACCCACUGGACUGACCUCGACACGGACUGGAGACUCCUGUCGUCCCUGUAGGAAGUAACGGGGGGGGGGGGGGGGGUCGGUCAAACUACAGCCCGGGAGCGCGGGGAUGGAGCAGCAGAGCAGCGGCCAGCGCAGGACCCUGAGGCCAAUCUGUGUCCGCUGCUGAACGACUUUGGAGAGCCGCCGGUCCCCCGGAGUGGACGCCGGACAAGUCGCUACGCACUCCCCCUUCACACAGACAUCCCUCGCCCCGUGGAGAUUUUACCAUGAUCUGUGCGAACCUGUUCUUCAUCCUGAUUUUUAUAGAUGAGGUGCUUCACUCUGUCGGGGACCCCGUCCUGCCAGGAGGUUGGAGAGUGGACUGUGUAAGGGCCAAUGAGCAGUGUGCCGCCAAACCAAGCUGCAGCAGCCGCUACCGCACCCUGCGCCAGUGCCUGGCGGGCAAGGCUGCUAUGCUGUUCGGUCCUGAGAUCAAGAAUGAGUGCGUUGCUGCGGUGGUGGCUCUGCAGCAAAGUACGCUGUUUGAAUGUCGCUGCAAGCGAGCAAUGAAGAAGGAAAAGCAGUGCCUGGCCAUCUACUGGAGCAUUCACCAGAGCCAAUUUCAGGGUGAUGACUUGUACGAAAGCUCCCCUUAUGAGCCCGUUAGCUCGCGCCUCUCUGACAUAUCUCGACUUGCUGCAAUCAGUUCAGGAAUGGAACCCACCGGGCCACGGGGGAACCCCUGCUUGGACGCAGCCAAGGGCUGCAACCUGAAUGACACCUGCAAGAGGUACCGCUCCAUCUACAUCUCCACCUGUGUCAAGCGCAGCUCGCCCACAGAUCUCUGCAGCCGUCGCAGGUGCCACAAGGCCCUGCGGCAGUUCUUCGAUCGGGUGCCUGCAGAAUACAGCUACCGGCUUCUCUUCUGCCCUUGCAAUGACCCAGCGUGCGCCGAGAGGCGCCGGCAGACCAUCGUGCCCACCUGCUCGUAUGAGAGCAAAGAAAAGCCCAACUGCCUGGCACUCCAUCAGACCUGCAAAACAGACCAUGUGUGCAGGUCACGAUUGGCAGACUUUCUCUCCAACUGCCAGCCCUCCACGCAAGCUGUGAGUGGUUGCUUCAGGGAGAACUAUGCGGCCUGCUUGCUCUCCUACUCGGGACUGAUAGGUAGUGACAUGACCCCAAAUUACGUGGACACAACAGACAUUGUAGUGGCUCCCUGGUGUACAUGUAGCGGCAGCGGGAACCAGAAGGAAGAAUGUGACAAGUUUCUGAACUAUUUUAAAGAAAACAUCUGCCUCAGGAAUGCAAUGCAAGCUUUUGGCAAUGGGACAGAUGUGAGUACGUGGAAAACCAGCCUCCCUACCUUGGCGACGUCUCUCGUCAAGACUGAGAAAACAGUUCAGAGCGCUGAACCAUCUGACCACAUAAAGGAGAUCACAACGGCAGAUGACGCAAACAUUCUCACCGUGUGUCCUGACCUACAGGAUAAUGGACCAAAGUUCAAUACAUCCAAAGAGCAGAGCGUCUGUCUCCCAGAGAUGCAAGUCCCUAACCUGAACCAGGACAAGGAUAACGACAUAGAUAAAGUAACAAGCUACACCAAUCCAAGGAAUGGGAAAUCUGCUGGUGUAAGUGUCCGAGCCAGUCUGGCAUGGAUAGCCAUUUCCAGCUUCACAGUAACAAUGUUAACAUCAUAGGAGCCCCAAGGAACCGAGAAGAAUUCGGGUUUCCACAUCCAUCCUACUUAAAUGAAAAAUGAUACCCCUGUGGAGAAAAUGCAAAUAAAUUCACUGAGUUUUCAAGGAGAGAGAGAGAAAGAGAGAGAGGAGAGGGAGAGAGAGAGGGGGGAUAAGUGUGAUUGCUUCUGUAAAGAUGUGUUGCCAAUGAGUUGGUCCCCAAGGCCUAAGGUUUAUCAUGGAUGCAAUGCUAUGAACGGACUGGGACCUUGUUUCUUAAAAGAGAAGGAUAGAACUGCUGACUCUUCAAGCCUAACUGCUUGCCACGGCUCCAGUUGAUUGGGACUGGAGAUUUAGCUGUAACCCUGUAGGGCUCCAGAAAUGCCUUGCAAAUUGGAGCAGCAUUUACAAGACACCAGUGGCUCAAGUGAACGAAUUCCAGUUCAGCGACUCUGCUGCAGUUAUCUAUGGUCGUGUAAAACUACAGUUCUGUUUUACCGCGUGUAUGUUUUCCCCUAAACCGCUCUGUGAGGAGAGGUGCUGAUGUGUUUGAACUCUGUUUUUUUACACUCAAUAUCAUUUAUACCUAGAAGAAUAUACAACUUCUGUUCAUGUGAAAAAUGUUUCUCUCUGUUUGCCAACUUUCUAGAACAGUGUUCCAUGCAGUUGUAGCUGUUAAUUCCCACUUGCAUCGCAUUUGCAAGCUUCCUGUUCAAUUAUACUGUCAAUGUAUAGUGCAUUAUUUCAACAUCAUAAACUGGAAUAUAUCUAUACCAAAAAAAACACACCUGGAUGUCAUGCUUUAAUUUUGUUUGUUGAAGUGGAUUAUAAAGAAGACAAUAUAACCUGUGGAAAGAUUGAAAUGGAAAUGGUCUGUGGAAUAUCUUUAGGAACAUCUGAAGAUAUUUUUGUAGGGUAGAUAACACAAAGCAAUGCAGGAACUCAACUGAACACACUCUAGUGAAGCUGAAUUCUGUAAAUGUGAUCUGACACAGAGAGUAAAGUCGAGGUGAAAGUCCAGGAACCAUGUUUAAUCCCACAGGAGUAGACGGUCACCUUAACCAACACUUUCAAGUGCAGACCUUGAAGAUCUCUGGCGCCUCUCUUCCUUCCCUUUCUCUCAUCAUCCACUCUCCAUAAGACCAUAAGACAUAGGAGCAGAACUAGACCAUUCAGCCCAUCGAGUCUGCUUGGCUCGGCAUUCCAUCCUGGCUGAUCUCGGAUCCCACUCAACAUCAACACCAACACCACAUAUGGCCUUCUUGCCAUAUCCAUUGAUGCCCUGACCAAUCAGGAAGCUAUCAACACACACAGCAUGCUGAGUUCCUUCAGCAUUUUGUGUGUGUUGCUCGGAUUUCUAGCAUCUGCAGAUUUUCUCUUGUUUGUGAGGAAACUAUUAACUUCCACUUUAGAUGUACCCACAGACUUGGUCUCCACCACAGUCUGUGGCAGAGCAUUCCACAGAUUCACUACCCUCUGGCUAAAAAUAUUCCUCCUUAUCUCUGUUCUAAAAGGUUGCCCCUCAAUUUUGAGGCUGUGCCCUCUAGUUCUAGAUACCCCCACCAUAGGA